UGAUGCUCUUAAUAGAUAGCAGUCUUUGCGGAAAUCAAUUCCAGAACGGACAGGAUCAAGAUGAAUUUCUUCAACAUUUUAUUUGCGUUUGGUAAGUUAGUUCACCUUUGGAAACAACUUCCAAAGAGUCAUGGUCGUGUUGCGUUUUUAGCUGCAAAGCAUUCGCAGAUUUGGCAUGUAAUUCAAACACUGAGAGGCUAUUUUUGCCUGCAAGCGUGAAGAGUAUAUUUGCAUUCGAAUUUUCAUUGUGAUAUUUGUUUCAUCCGAAUAAGUAAUGAUGUUGACUUCUAUGCAGUCUUUCCGAUGAUUUCAUUAGUUUUGACGGCUUCGUUUCUUGUUUUUCUAUCGAUUUUUAGUUUUCUUCACCAGAAUAUCUAUAAUGUUCGUCGCAUUGUAUUUUUUGCUAACUGGCUUGUUGCGUAUUUCACUCAUAAUACUGGCAAAGUUCCUGUUGUCGAUCCGCCAGAAUUUCAACAUUUUUCUUUAUUACUGAUAAACAUUCUCAGACCUUUCUUGGAGCUACGAAGAUUAUGUAAAUCGGAGUAAUUCUUCUCCUUUGUUUUUGGUAAGUGAUGUCAAAGGAACGAAUGUUAAACGCGCAUGUUUGGAGAAUCAUUUCGCUCGUUUUUACUUCAAGUUAUUUUGAACACGUAUGUACUUAAUUUUCUACAAAAUGUCACUGUCUCGGAUCUUUAAAUUGUUGAUGAAAUUAACUGAAGUAAUGGUACCUUUGCAAAGCGUAGAGUAUUUUUUUUCCUAAGAAUCAUUGAGCGUCACUUCUUUCUGCUAUGAAUGAAAACUAAAAAAAAGCUACCGUCUUGUACACCUCAUGGUGGAUUCCACUUCAGUCCGUGUUCCUGGCAGCAACAACAAUUCAAACUUAAACUGCAGUUUUCCGUUAUCAGCCUCUCAGGAAAUGAGCAUCUACGAAAUUAGAGGCUUUAUAGUUUUUCAAUGAAGAGUUCUCUUCCUACGAAAGGUCAUAUAUAUGCAGUGUUCACUUCGAAAUCGUUCCAUAUUUUCUCGGCAAAAGUCUCUUCGAAAGGUGACACCAGCCCGAGAAAGAUCCCUUGCUGGCCAUGAAGAGGAGACAAUACUCGAAAAGAAUGAGGGAAAAGAGCCAAUCUAUGCAGAGGAGAACUGAGUCAGUAUUGUUAACUCAGUUAACUGAACUAGUUAAGUCGCUCGAAAGUCAUCUCGCUAGUAGUUUGGUCACCCGAAACUAGAUUUAUUUCACCCGAGAAUUUUGGAUCAGGCUUACAGACUUAAACUUGGCAAUAAAGUUGACCCGAGUAUUUUGGAUCAGGCUUACAGAAUUACUUGCCCAUAAAGUUGAGAAAUCUCUAUCACUUAACUAGCGGUUUCUGUAUGUGACAACAAAUCCGUUGUUGGUUGUACUAUACGACACCAGAGAACCGAAGGUUGCAUCGAGCGCGACCUUAAUAUCAUGUGAUCUAUAAAGACAUAAUCUGCAAAGAGAACGAUCAGGUUUCAUACGAAGUAGAAUUAAAUCAACAUAAAAAUGCCUGUCAGAUUAUGUUAAGCCUCCAAUGCAGGCGUCUUAUUAGGACUCAUGAACGCCACAAGCUAGGCUAGAUUAUGACCUGAGUCUCACCAGAGCGAAGUAAAAUAUUUUCUAAUUUCUCGCAAGUCAAAAGUUGAAAAUUUUCGUAUUUUCCAAAUUCUGGCGGCGGUCGCAUCAAACUAGGGCUCUUUGACCUUUACUUUAUUUAUUUUGAUCGAUUCAUACGUCAAUCACAAACCCAUCUCUCUCUUAAAAUUAUUCGGAGAAAAACAGGAAGUCCGACGAAGUAUUAACCGAAGGCUCCUUGAAACCAACUGAUACCUUACGCAAUGCCGUCGCCAUUUGGUUACAAGGCGCACCGCUUUUACGAGGAAAAUCUGUUCUCUCGUGCGAAUUUGAUGUCAAACUCGGGGCGCAUUUUAUCAAGGUGAAACUAAUCAAAAAGGCUAAAUUUCCUCACUUACAUUUAGUUAUUUUAAGUACUCAAAGCAUUGACUGUAGAUUGAUGGUAAUGGUAACUUUCUUUAUACACGGUAAAUCCUUCAGCAAAUACUAUAAAAUAUAAGAGCAAUUAAUUAUCCCUAACUAAACUAACUAACCUUAAAUACAUAGUAAAAGCUGCUUUACAGGGUUGUUAAGUUUAAAAUCAUGUAAAAGAUGUUGCUGCACGAAGGUCACUAGAUAGGCUGUUCCACAACCUGGCUCUGCUGUACGAGAAACUCUUCUUCAAAUAAUUGGUGUGGGGCAGCGGAAGAGUCAAUUUAUUUUCAGUAUUCCUUAAUCGAUAUCAUAUUAUGUCGUUGCGAAACACAAAUCUAGAACUCAGAUACUCAGGGGUCAUCCCAUGUAAAGAUUUAUUCAUCCUAACAGCAGCUGAUUCAAAUCUUAGCUAUUUGAGUUUGCGGCCACCCAGUACCCGGAACAAUGUAUCGAUAUCAGAGUCAUAAUUGGCACACAUUAAAAUACGUGCUGCACGAUUUUGGAGCUUCUGAAGCUUUUCGGAGAGACCACUGCCACGGUUGCCCCAGACAGCACUACAAUAACUAAAAUAUGGCUGAACUAGGCUAUCGUAUACAUUAAUUAAUGUAUUAAAGGGUAUAAGAUGUCGUAUUCGCUUGAUUGCGCCCAAUGCAGAGGUAAUAUUUUUGCAAAUGUUCUGUAUAUGACAUUCCCAGUUCAUAUUUUGAUCGAUGGGCACACCAAGGGAUUUUGUAGAUGACACCUGCUUCACUGGAUGGUCAUUUAUACUGAAAGAAGGAAUUUAAGGAAAUGUUGAUAACUUCCAGCAGAAAUGACUUUCGUGCAACUGAAAAGAGCAGGGUUGGACCUUAAAAGGAACUGUUCAAUUCAAUUCUGUCUCCUCUUAUAUCCUUCGCGUUCGCUCUCUGUUUGAGUCUGUUGCGAACUCGUUGUGCAUGAAGUCUUCAUCGCCGUUUACUUCUUUAUUGUCACUUUUUUGCCACACCACCUCGUCUUCAGAUUCCAUUGAGAGCAUUGUUAAUGCUACAGGACUUGAAGGACUGCAUGAUCGACUCCACCGAAAUUUCCUUCCGUGUCCAGUUUAUCCACUGUUCCUUGCCGAGAGGGCACUUUUUCACCGAUGGAGGGUAAAAAACGGAUCGUUUCCCAUUCUCGCCUGAUACGGGUUUAGACCUUUUUCUCGAGUGGUUUGCUGAUACACUUAUCAAGGGGCUAGGAGAGGCCGCCAGGAAUCACAGGAACAUCGACCUUUCGUCGCACUGACAAAUCUUACACGGUUUCGGUCAAAUGGUCACAGAAGGAAUCCUCUGCUGAAAAUCUCGUAUUCUAGCAAAUCCACUAUUUCGCAGCUCAGAUUGAAAAUGAAAUUGACAAUAAGAGUUGUUGAAAAAGCUGAUGUAUCCAAAAUUUUUCUGAAAAGUGCGGCCAUUGUUUUAGAAUCCGAAACACCGAUGCGAUUGUAAACAACUCCGCUGAAAACCAGAUGCACGGUAACGUGAGACUUGGCUAUCUCCUCUCAAAAUGGCGUAAUGCACCCUUAACAGAAAGAGUUCAAAACAACGUUUAUUCGAAAUUUUGAUAAAUUUCGGUGUCUUGGUAACCAACCGCUCAAUAAAGGGUUACCGCUGAAUACGGUGCCGCUAAAGUCAGGUUUGACUGCUGUGUUACUGGCGUCAUACCAUGAGGUAGUCAAAGGCUCCUUGGCGCUACCUCAUGCACAGGGUUUCAACAUUCAAACGUGCCCUUUAGAUGACCGGUUGAUCAAUAACUCUGAUCUAAAAGCGUCAUCCGCAGAACUAAAAAGAAACGAUACAAAAAGGCGUGUUUCUUGAAAUUGUACACCAGCAUAAGGCGUGAUUUGCCUUUUCAAGAACCCUGAAAUAAACGUGACCUGUGAAUUUUUUCUUGCAUUUCCUGAAACUCAAGAUUUCCCUGAACCUUUGUGCUUAAGUACAGAGAUUUGGAGAUUUCACCGCUGACCGCUGAUCACUGACCGCGUGACGCGUGAACUUUUUUUAGAAAGCAGUAGACACAAAAAAAUUUCCAAAAGUAAACAAUUGAAUAACUCAGCAAACAAUCAUCCUAUGGGUAAACAACUGGAAAAAACCCGCCUUACGAAUUCAGGAAUUUUCGAUUUUCGUUCCCGUUGGGUUAGCAAAUAAUUUGCUGAGGAAUGCCAGCAAUGGCGUCCUCGCAGCGAAAUGUAAACAAUUUCGAGUCGGAUUUUCCGUUUUUAGCGAUUGAGUUAGAUCAAAGUGAAAACCGAAGUUUCGAACUUCAUGUGAGGCCUAGUGAAAUUUGACAAUUCCAUGGCCCGCUAAAUAUUAUAUUUAAAUGAAGAUAUGUCAGAAAUGUAUUUUUUUAAUAGAAGCGUACAACUUUCAGAAUUUUCAACAAGAGGCUAGCAACUUCUGGCUGUGAGGUCAAGUAAGUAACGAUCUGUGCAUGGUGAAUCACGAGAUAAUUUCACACACUAGAAAUAUUUGCACGUAUACUCUGAAACACGAUCCGAUUCACUCACGAGCGAAAAAUUCGGCGAUUUUUAUCUUUUUAUCUUGAUUUCUGAGUAAACUUUAGACGUAUCUAUCGUUUUGAUCAUUGAAAAUAAGUUAUUUAAAUGGUCUAUUUUCAUUGGAGCAUUUAGUUGGGAAAGGUAAUUUGUAAAAAUUUGCUGUGCAUUACGUUUACCGGUUUCUCCAAAAUUUUAACAUAUCCAUAGGCCCGCAAAAUACUCAGUGUCAAUUUGCCAAUGAAACUCAAAGUUUGACAGGCAUGGAAAGAAGUGGAAAAACUUAAGACAGUUUGAAGGACGAGGAAAGUCAAUCACAACCUUUGCGAGAUUCGAUUUCAGUUUCAUAUCUGAAAGAUCACUUUACAUGUGUAGUUGCAGUGACAAGUGGUGGUAUUAGCACACUGUUUUAUCCGCCACAAAUAUAACACUGAAAUAUCAUGAUAUUAAAAAAUGUCUUCUCAACAAAGUAAUGAAGUGUGGAUGAUAUUGAAAGAUUGUGAAAAUAAUGCUAUUAGUACAUGGUAACGACUGAAGUUCCAGCAUGUGCUGCUCAAAAUGGGUUACAGUUUCGAGCAAAACCUCCUAUUUUUGAUGUACAGCUACUAUUAAAAUUACUUUUUGUGCCUGGUCUCACAAGGCAUUUGCAACCCCCAUCCCCCCCCCACAUCCUUCCCCCUCCACCAUCAAAAUCUACAAACAUCUGUACCACUAUUUCAUUUAUUUGGACCCCAUACAAAAGUUUCUAUUCGAUUGUAAAUUCCAUCGAGAAUUAUUUAUGAGGUUUUGAAAUCUUCAAUACCAUAUUUAAAAGGCCACUGAAUGUAGUUUACACAGUGGUAAUGCUUCCUCUGACCAACUCAACUAUUGUGGUUGACGAGCAUCUAGCGAACGCACCGGUAAGUUUUCAAAUUUCAAUUGCUUAGCCAGUGGUGUCUGAAAUACAUGAAGAACUGACUUAAAUGACAGUACUGUACAACGAUAACAAGGCAAGUAAAUGAAAAUCGAGCAAAGAAAAGAUAACAAGAACAUACCUGACAAUUAGGAUGCUUGUGUGAAACGACGCACAGACACUCUAUAGAAAAAUUUGACCAAUUGGCGCGAAGCUUUUUCAAUAUGCAAAUAUUGCGCGAAGAUUGGAAACUAGAAAACCGCUGAAAGACCCAUUUUGAACACUGGUGAAAUGUAGCUACAGGGGUUAGGGAGAAUUCGAGAAAGUUAUGGAAACCCAUAAUUUUUGUUUCGUAUUUAAUUUUAUACAGUUUUCCUCGUCGGAAGCGAUCCCACCUUAUCUGACAUGGGCCACUGUACUAACAUGGAGUACUUGUGCAGAGAUCGUAAAUGCGAGAAUGCUUUUGCUAAAGCAUUUCAGAAAGACCCAAAGGCCGAUUGUAGGUAGGUGGAUUUAAAGAGUGGCGGUUCUAAAGAUGUUUGUAUGCAGAAUACCAAACAGCUGUUGCGGCAAAUCUGUUGAGCUAGGAGUAGCAUUUUUUCCCAGGUCUGAUUCAUUUCAGUAGUUUGUUAGUUCCAAUUUGCUUCACUCUUCUCUAUCCUCGGCCAUCCUGAUUUAUUUUGGUUGGUUAUUGUCUUAUUUAAGUUUUCCUUUUUCACCCGGCUGUUUUCCUCUCUUUCUUUCCUUCUUUCUUUUUUUUCUUUUUGGAAUUGAAGACAGUCUUCCGUGCCGCAAAAAAUAUAUGAAAACAUCACAGCUCGACCUUUGACCAUUAUGGUUUUUGUCUUGUCCCUACAGCGCGAUGUUCAGCAAAAUGAAAGAUUGCAAGGUCGAUGUGAUGAAAUUUUGUGUGAAAGACCAAAUGACCGAAAGCCAAAUCAAAGACAACAUUGACGCCAGCCUGAAGAAAGAAAACUUGUGUGACCAAGAUUAUGCGGAACUCUCUACCUUGUCACCAAGCAGUAUUCCUUGUUCCGCAUCAUAUAACAAUGGUGCACAAAACUGCAGGCGAUCCUUUCGACAAAAAUUUAUGAAGGACAAAUCAGAUCCCGCUCUUUGCUCGUAAGUUUAAUGAACAUGCCUUUUAUAUCGUUGAUUGGAAGUGGAGUGAAAUGGGAAGGGGGAGGGGGGGAUGGGGAUAAAUGUAACCCAAUGUUAGUUUUUAUGGCUUUCUUAUCCUUGCUUGAAACAGGAGCGAUUUAGGUUGAACCCGAAUUCACACCAACUAAGCAAAACACAGAAUACCUUUCGAACCGGGUAAAACACACUGCUUUUUUACACAAUUUUCAGAUUUGAGUCCGUCGUGUUAAACCCUUUCUUUCGACCCUUGGGCCGAACACUUUCCUCUCUUUAAAGAAGCCAGCGCGCUUAACAGUGUGCCACCACUUUACUCUUUAGAAGGCUUUAACUUUUUUAAGAAAUCUUUGUGAAUAAUUUAUUUAUCAGAGAAUAUGCCGAAACAAAGAAGUGUUUAAGGGACCUGGUCGAUUCUGAAUGCAACUACUCAGGCGAAAGCAAGAAAAUGGUGGACUUUAAUCUUGAUGUCUACAAUCCUUUCUGCGCGGACAAUCGGGACCCUGGGGCGACCAAAAAUGAUUCUUGUUAUGGCGUGCUGGAUAAUGCUAGCGGAACCAAGCCUAGCAUAUUCCUGACACUGAUGUUUGCUAUCUUUCCGUUUUUGUUCCUCUUUAAAGUUUAAAAGGCUUAGGCAUCUUGUUUAUCUUGAUUUACAAUAGAGUUUCUACUCUUAUGGGUUUAGCUUGAAAAAAUACCAAAUAAACAAACAAAAAUCAACAACAAUGAAGUAGCUUUUUUAACAUGAUCAAAGUAGUGCAGUUCACGUUAAAAUCUGAAUUAGCAACAGUUCUAAAAGUUGUUUCAGUAAAAUUUUUGCUUUCAUGUUUUGUUAUCUUUCAUUUUUCUCAAAUAAUAAAUCAUCAUUUAUCGAAGGGCUUCUGGCGAAACAAAUAUCAAAGGGUUUGUUUUGUGAUUAUUUGAGUUAAAAUUGGCAACUUUUGUUAAAGGCAUG